AUUGAGAUGGUAAGCAAGGAUCAGUGCAAUAGACACUACAUGGAAAUAAUGAUCCCAGGGAAGCUUGCUCUUUUUUUUUUUUUUAAAUGGAACCAGGGAUGGAACUCAGGACCUUGUGCUUGCCAGGCAGACUUGGUGCUACUGCACUACAUUUCUGGCCUUGGAAGUUGGAUUUUUGAGAUGGUCUCACUAUGCAGUUCAGGCUGGCCUUGACCAUGCUAUGUAGCACAGGCUGGCCUCCAACUCUCAACAACCCUCCUGCCUCAGCCUCCUUAGUGCUGGGAUUACAGGCAUGCAUUGUCAUGCCCAGCUCCCAAGAAAGCUUUGAAAGGAAAAUGAGCUAGAGGAACUAUAUCUUCAUUGAAAUGGUGAGGGGUGGUCUCUAUUGGUAUUUUUCUGAGCAGCUGCUGGUAACGUCAGAGGCUUGGAAUUGGCAAAAUCUAAAACUGUCUCAGCAGUGGUUAGCUGACUUCACACAAGUUCCAAGCGCUACUCUGAUCCCUUUUUUCCAGAGCCUCAAGAGCUAAAAUUCUCAUAAGCUCCUUCCUAUUGGCUGGGAAGACCAAGUGGAGUUCCUUGCCCAUGUUAGGAGUUGUAUGCCUUCUGAACUAAAGAUAGAACCAGUGGGCCCUUCCAGGCAGCUAAAAGCCUCCAGAGUAAGAGGUGUUUCCCGCUCGGCAGACUCCUUGAAAUAACCCUCUCAGUAAUUCUACCAAUACCUCCAUGUCUCUACUCUGCCAUAACAAAGGCUGUGGGCAACAAUUUGACCCCAAUAACAACCUUCCUGAUUCCUGUUGCUAUCACCAUGGGGUCCCAAUCUUCCAUGAUGCACUCAAGGGUUGGUCCUGCUGCCAAAAGCGAACUGUAGAUUUCUCAGAGUUCUUAAACAUCAAGGGCUGUACUAUGGGACCACACUGUGCUGAGAAGCUUCCUGAGGCCCCUCAAUCUGAGGGCCCUGCUACAAGUUCACUUCAGGAGCAAAAACCUCUGAAUAGAAUUCCAAAGUCAGCAGAGACCUUGCACCGAGAGAGGCCUAAGUCAGAGUUGCCUCUGAAGCUGCUGCCACUAAAUAUAUCUCAUGUCCUAGAAAUGGCAUUGGAACAAAAGGAACUAGACCAGGAACCUGGAGCAGGAAUUGAUAGUAGUCUGAUCCGGACUGGUUCCAGCUGCCAGAACCCAGGAUGUGAUGCAGUUUACCAAGGCCCAGAGAGUGAUGCUACUCCAUGUACCUACCACCCAGGAGCACCUCAAUUCCAUGAAGGGAUGAAGUCUUGGAGCUGUUGUGGCAUCCAGACCUUGGAUUUUGGGGUAUUCCUGGCACAGCCAGGAUGCAGAGUUGGUAGACAUGACUGGGGGAAGCAGCUACCAGCAUCUUGCCGCCAUGAUUGGCACCAGACAGAUUCCUUAGUAGUGAUGACUGUAUAUGGCCAGAUUCCACUUCCUGCAUUCAACUGGGUGAAGGCCAGUCAAACUGAGCUUCAUGUCCACAUUGUCUUUGAUGGUAACCGUGUGUUCCAAGCACAGAUGAAGCUCUGGGGGGUCAUAAACGUGGAGCAGAGCUCUGUCUCUUUGAUGCCAUCUCGGGUGGAAAUCUCCCUUGUCAAGGCUGACCCAGGAUCCUGGGCCCAGCUGGAGCACCCCAGUGCACUAGCUGAGAAGGCUAGGGCAGGGGUUGUGUUAAAAAUGGAUGAGGAAGAAUCUGAGGAUUCAGAUGAUCUGAGCUGGACAGAGGAGGAGGAAGAGGAGGAAGCAAUGGGGGAAUAGUGACACCAGACAAUUUAGUGUCUAGCUAGGACUCUAGUGACUCCCUUACCAUCUCUGGUUGAACAUGUGGUAUCAUAGAGCAAUAGGAGGCUAAAGAAGGAGAGAAUAAAACUGUCCAAACCAUACUGUUUUUUUCCCAUAAAUAAAUCUUGUAUUCUACA